AUGACGAAAACCUCGCGGAGAGAGACGCUCCGAGGGGAUGUCGAAUUGGCGAGUGACGAUGAUUCGAGCUCGCCAUCUAGAGAGAGCAGCAUUCCGACUGAUAAACUUCCUCCGUCUCCCGCACCUUCUACCAAGAACAGCUCCAAGAAACAAAAACAAACAUCCGCAACGCCCGCUUCAUCCGCCCUCCAAAUAUGCCGCAACAAACAUUGGCAUCACAUAUCAUGCUUUCAUGGGCCAUGGCUCCAACUACCCAUCGAGGUGCUGAAAAUAGUCGCGGACAUAAAUCGCGAAACUCUUCAGCCACGCCCACUUGACCUUGCAGUUGUAUCUGAUGUUUUCAAAAUUCGCGAAGGCGUCGACAAAGCAACCGCCCUUGCUGUAGGGGCAGCUAAUGGCCUGUCUCCGUCAACCCUCGUCAACGUGAACGGGGCAACUCCAAACUUUCAUUCCCUCGGGCGUGGCUCGAAACUGAGCAAGGAGAGACGACGGAAGAUGCGAGAGGUGGCCUGCCAAAGACUUGCAGACGCAUAUCGACUGGACGAAGUAGCUUGCAGUGUCUUGACGAUGCAGAGUAGCUCUGCUCUGGAAGAAGUUGGUGAUUUAGUUCUGCAGCAGAAUCGCCAGGAUCUUCACGCGAAAUACGUCCACUUCUUCCACGAAAAGAUUCCCUCUAAGAAAUUGGUAGAGACGACAAGCUUGCAGCCCUUGACGGAUCUCAUCGAGUCGAAUCAUGGUCAAGCAGAGGCACUUCGCACCCGAGCAGCAGUCAAGGUGUUUCGAGAGGAUUUUGAAGGAGCGGUGGCUGAUCUCACGGAAGCACUCAAUCUGUCGAGAUAUCACGGCCAGCCUCGUGGCUCGGGUUCGCUAGGGAAUGGUUAUGAACAGUCUACUACCCGCAAUAGCACAAGGAAUCACGAUAUUUCUACUUCAGAUCAAGAUCAGCCCCGUGGCCUUGUAGCGCAACUACUCUUUCAACGCGCGUCUGUCUACAUCAUCAUGGCUUGUCGACAUGUUGACAACAGCAUAGACCCCUCACCACCAGACCAAACAGUUGCGCCUGAGAUUGGGUAUCCUGUCCAAACCUCCACCGGACCGAAAGACGUACAAGAAAUACCAAAAGAGCAACUUGAGUCCCGCAGGCUCGUAAAAAAUCUGGCCAAGCGAGCAUUAAAGGACUAUACAACCUUUCUCUCACACUUCGACUACUCACCCAAUCUGCCAAUAGCAGUUAUCACUGAGUUUAACUACCGCAUGAAUCAGGUAUCAAAGGGUGUUCGUAAACCUACCAGGUCACACGAAUCCAACAAACCUCUCAAAAACCACAGCGUAUACCCCCUAUCCGUUCUUUUCGCGGCUGUGCCGCCACCAGACCUUCCCGCUUACCCUCUUGAGGAGGUGAGCGAAAUCAACAGUACCGGUCAACGUCUCCCGGAACCAAACACAAGCGAAUUAGUCACAUACCAUCCCCUUCUAACUGAAGCUCUUCACGCCCUACUCCUCUGUCACUGCCUGGUGCAAACAUCAACCAAGGAGCUUCAGCGCCAUGCCUACAUGGUUGCUCGCCUCGUGCGACUCUGUGACGGGUUUCCCAUAUUUAAGGCUUGCAGAUCCCCAGCUCGAUCCGACUGGGUGAAAGUCCUUCGACGAACUAAACGGCUGUCCCUCGUCUCAACCUGGGAAACUCUCUGCACACCGCCAUCAGUGAAUGAGAAGAACGCACAUGAGUCACUUUCCUCAGCCGCUGCAUCUCUCUUAAAGGACAGUCAAGCAGCCAUCUCGACACCCGAAGAUGAGAACAGUAAACUCCUAGAGAAGCCAUCUCAAGAGGACACCAAUAACCCACCUGGCGGACUCGCCCCAUUGCAACGACCUAGAUCGUCUUUCAAACACGACCCCUCUCCGGAUUGGAACACUGAUGAAGACUCAAAGGAGUAUCCUUUCCUUACGGAGAGAUCGGCUGCCAUCGUAAAAUGGACACUCCAUGCCCCAAUAGUACCUAGCACAGCAAAGAGAAAGAGGCGGCCAAAGAAAUCGGGCGUCAGACUUAACGGCGUGGAGGCAGACGUGGAGAAGUUGCACAUCAAUGAGUAA